GCGAGGCUGUUGCCGACGGGCCCUGAGCUCGGCCUGCUUCCCCUCUGGCUCUCUCCUCCUCAGUUGAAAGGGUUUAAACCCCGACCACACGCAGCCGCCGCCGGCGAUCCUCCUCCCUCCUCCCAUGUUGUACGCCGCCGUGGCAGCUCCGCGGAGGCACACGGAAGCUCAACGCGAGGAAAGCCCGAGCUCGACGCCCUCCACACAGUAGCCCGCGGAGCGCGCCCCCGCCAUGAGACCCUGCCCCUUCGGAUGCGCUUCCGACCGCCCAUUCCCCUGCGCCUCCUCCUGCCUCAACUGUGGCGCCGCCCUUCGCUUCCUCCCGCGCAUCUGCCUAGGCCCAUAUCCUCAUAUCCCUCCGCGGCAGCCGUGGCGGCGGCAACGGAUUCCGAGGAGGAUGCCGUGGUUGCUAGGGAUCCACGGCUAGCGCCUCAUUUUGUGGGCGGGGCAGGAGGGUCGCCUAGGUUUGGGGAGAACAAGACGGAGUUCGAGAGAAAGGCCUCGAUUGCCGCGCGGUUCAAGCUCUGCUAUGAACUGCUGCGGCAGAGGAGGUGGCGGGAGAUGCGGGGCGGCUUGGCGCAGAUUGUCAGCGAACAAGGAUCCGGGUCUGCAGCCACUCUCUGUGAUAUCUUGUGGAGUGAGUUCAGAGAGUAUGAUUCCAGCGGUGUUGUAUGGGAUGCUCUAGCAAAUAGUUAUGCAAGAACUAAGAUGGUUCAUGAUGCUCUUUACGUUCUCAGUAAAAUGAACAGCCUGAAUAUGCAAAUAUCAGUUUCCACCUAUGAUAGUUUAUUGUAUGGUCUACGGAAGACAGACGUGGCAUUGGAGCUUUUUGAUGAAAUGGAGGCAUAUGGUAUCUCUCACAGCGAAUAUUCACAUAGCAUUCUCAUCGAUGGCCUCUGCAAGCAAAAUAAAGUUGGAGAGGCUUUAUCUUUCCUUCAAGAGGCAAGGGAAGGGGGAACGUUUAGACCAUUGGGAAUGUCCUUUAACACUCUGAUGUCUGCAUUGUGUAAUUGGGGAUUUAUUCAGCCUGCAAAAUCGUUUUUAUGUCUGAUGCUGAAGUAUGGAUUAAACCCUAACAGGUAUACCUAUUCUACUCUUAUACAUGGUCUGUGUAAAGUAGGUUCCCUAGAUGAAGCAGUGGAUCUUCUUGAGAGAGUGACAAAAGAAGGAAUGAAACUCGAGACUGUCACCUACAACAGCCUUAUUAAUGGUUAUCGAUUGCUUGGUUUGACAAGAGAAAUUCCUAAAAUAAUUCAGUUUAUGAGAUACCAAGGGAUUGAACCUGAUCUUGUUACUUAUACCAUACUUAUUGCUGGUCAUUGUGAAGGUGGUGAUGUUGAAGAAGGGAUGAAGAUAAGAAAGGACAUCCUAGACAAAGGGCUGCAGUUGAAUAUUGUCACAUACAGUGUCCUUCUCAAUGCUCUCUUCAAAAAGGGUUUGGUCUAUGAGGUUGAGAACUUACUUGGUGAGAUAUAUAGUAUUGGUCUAGAUAUGGAUGUUAUUGCAUAUUCCAUUCUCAUCCACGGGUACUGCAAGCUAGGGGAAAUUGAAAGGGCACUAGAAGUUUGUGAUGCCAUGUGCUGUUCUCAGAAGGUAGUGCCAACCUCACUGAACCAUUUAUCAAUUCUUCUUGGACUUUGCAAGAAAGGACUUCUAGUUGAAGCAAGGUGGUAUUUGGAAAAUGUAGCUAGCAGAUAUCAGCCAGGUGAUGUAAUACUUUAUAAUGUAGUUAUCGAUGGUUAUGCAAAGGUUGGUGAUAUUGGUAAUGCUGUCCGUCUGUAUGAUCAGAUUGUUGUGGCUGGUAUGAAUCCAACCAUUAUCACAUGUAAUUCUCUUCUGUAUGGCUAUUGCAAAUUUGGGGAUUUACACGCUGCAGAGAGCUAUUUCAGGGCUAUUGAGAUAAGUAAUCUGGUGCCAACAACAGUAACAUACACAACCUUUAUGGAUGCACUCUCUGAAGCUGGAAAAGUUGACACUAUGCUCAGUUUUUUUUAUGAAAUGGUGGAAAAAGGGAUCAAGCCAAAUGCUGUAACUUACAGUGUUGUUAUUAAAGGACUAUGUAAGCAGCUCAGAUUCCGUGAUGCUAUCCAUUUUCUGGACAAUAUGGAUGGAGCUGACCCAAUAACUUACAAUACGCUUAUACAAGGAUUUUGCGAAGCACAGGACAUCCAGAUGGCUUUCUGCAUACAUGACCGUAUGUUAUGCUGUGGUCUAGUGCCCACACCUGUUACUUAUAACUUGCUUAUCAAUGUGCUGUGCUUGAAGGGUAAAGUUUUUCAAGCAGAAAUGCUAUUGGAAUCCCUCAGAGAAAAGGGCAUUGAAUUGAGAAAAUUUGCAUACACAACAGUAAUCAAAGCUCAGUGUGCAAAAGGAAUGCCUUACGAUGCCAUUUCAUUAGUUGGUAAGCUUAUUGAUGAUGGUUUUGAAGCUUCUAUUGAAGACUUCAGCGCUGCAAUCAAUCGACUUUGCAAAAGGAAAUUUCCUAAAGAAGCCGUCAUGUUCAUUCCGAUUAUGUUAUCUGUUGGUGUUUUCCCAGACAUGCAAGUUUAUUUUGUGCUUGCUAGAGCUCUGCGAAAAAGUAACAUGCUUUGCUAUAUACCCAUAUUGCAUGCACUUUCUGUCAAAACUGGUAUAUAGUACCCUGAUCAUGUAUUGAGAGUUAAAGACUUGGAGGUUCUGUGUCCUCAAAUGUUUGUAUAGAUGAGGAUUGAGGACAACAUGGGCUGCAUGUAACCACAGGACAGUGCAGUUAUGCCAAGGCGUAAGGACCAUCGAUGUUUAGUAGUAUACAACAGUUGAAAUACAUCUGGUUCACUCAAGAUUGAACUGCAUUAAGGUGAGCCGUCACCAUCACCCAGCCCUACCUCGUCGCUGGCUGGAGUAACAAGUUAGGAAACAAUCUGAAUGUGAAUCUACCAGUUGCGGUGGUGGUCAUGGAGCCAGCCAAUUAAGCGUAAUUGGGGGAUGACAGAGGUGCAAAUGUUUUUGCUGUUUCAGUCUACCCCUAUAAUGCUGGUACAACAUUGAGAAAUGACUUACAGAUGCUGCAAGUGCGGGGAUAUGUACUUCCAACGGCACAGAAAGAUGCCACCGAACCAGUGGAACAUCAGCACUGUAACAACAAUUUUACUUUGCUAUUCAACGGUCACUGUGCGAGCAUCCUCACGGAAAACCAAGUCGAUCCCAGGAAAUCCAUGAAGCAUGAGCGUACUUGUCGGAUGUAAGAGGACAUUGCCUGAGGCUAGGCAUCUUAUCUGGGCAGAUUGGUCCAUAAUCUUGUGUAAGAUUUCUUCCUUGGAGCUAGCAUCUCCUGAGAUCUAAAUGAGCAAUCUGGUGCAUCACCAAAAGCCAAAACUUGAGGGAUCGGUACAUGGGUGCUGGCCUGUUGUUAACACUCCUCAGCGCACGUUCCUGUCAGUUUUCGUCCUUGAUGUGCUCUAGUCGUUUUCGAUCCUUUACUGAGCGAGGCUCCGCGUUUUAUGCAGUUUUUCGCGAUUGCAUGUGUGGCUGUUGAUCAGGUACAGUUUUCUGUUGUUGAUGUAUGUUGUAAUCAGAUCAUGCUUACUGGUCAGAGACAACAGUUGUUUGUAUUAAGAAGAGGUAUGAAAUCAGUGAUGUGGAUUGUUGAA